AAAUGGCACACUCGCUGGGAGCUUGGGAUAUGUAGUCCGAUUUCCUAUCGUUUUACAUCGUGUUAAUUUACACAAAUUUAUGCUCUAUCUCGUGUCUGCCCGGAGGCUCGACGCCUGCUUGGGAUGACAAGAAGCAUGAAGAUACACAUAUGGCUUCAGAAUACGUCUUAUUUUGCUCAGCAAACCAUGCAGGAUGAUUUACUGAUGGACAAAAGCAAAGCCCAGCCUCAACAGCAGCACCAGGAUCCAGCAAGCGUAGAGCCUCCUUCCACCACCCCGACCCCCUCCUCGGAACCCCCCAAAUCGGAGGAGAGCCCGACGACUGUCAUCAGCCAGGCAGCGACCCCCCAGAGCAGCAAAGAGAAAGUGCCGAUGGAGUCGCCGAUCCUGCCGGGGUUGAGUUUUCACCAGCCACAGGAGCCCGGCGGCACCUCCGUGUCCCCUUCCUUCGGCAGCACUUGGUCUACCGGGACCACGAACGCCGUGGACGAUAGCUUUUUCCAAGGGAUACCCCCGGUGAAUGGGACAAUGCUUUUCCAGAAUUUCCCCCACCACGUUAACCCGGUAUUCGGGGGCACAUUCUCACCCCAGAUCGGCUUGGCACAGAAUCAGCAUCAACAACAGCAGCAGCAGCAGCAGCAACAACAACAGCAGCAGCAGCAGCAGCAGAGGAGGUCACCCGUAAGUCCCAACCAAGCCCCGUUCCCCCAGAGAAAUGCUUACAGCCACCAGACCCUUAUGAACAGCAAGGCUCCUUCAUCCUCCGCCUCCUCGUCCGCUUGGAAUAAUCACCAGAAUCCCUCUUGGAGCACAGCCUCCAACCCCUGGAGCGGGCUCCAGGCAGGCAGGGACCCGCGGAGAGCAGUGGGCGUUGGGGUUGGGGUGGGGGUCGGCGUCGGGGUGCCGUCUCCCCUUAACCCCAUCUCCCCGCUGAAAAAACCUUACUCUAGCAAUGUCAUUGCCCCGCCGAAGUUCCCCAGAGCUGCCCCUCUGACCCCCAAAUCCUGGAUGGACGACAGCGCCUUCAGAACAGACAACAGCAACAAUAUGCUGCCUUUUCAGGACCGGAAUCGGCCCUUUGAUGCUUUUAACUUGCACUCUUUGGAGAAUUCCUUAAUGGAUAUGAUAAGGACUGAUCAUGACAAAGGUAAACACUACCCUCCCAGUGGCCCACCAAUGACUAUCGCUGAUAUAAUGUGGAGGAAUCAUUUUGCAGGACGUAUGGGUCUAAAUUUCCACCACCCAGGAGCAGAUAACAUAAUAGCACUAAACACAGCAAGGAGCUAUGGGCGAAGAAGAGGUCGUUCUUCACUCUUUCCUUUCGAAGACGGUUUCCUAGACGACGGCCACGGUGACCAGUCCUUAACGCCUGGCCUGGGCUCCCCAACACGCUGCCAGAAUGGAGAGAGGGUGGAGCGUUAUUCCAGAAAAGUCUUUGUUGGAGGGCUGCCUCCUGACAUUGAUGAAGAUGAAAUCACCACAAGCUUUCGUCGUUAUGGGCAUCUCGUUGUGGAUUGGCCACACAAGGCAGAGAGCAAGUCCUAUUUUCCACCCAAAGGGUAUGCCUUUCUGCUGUUCCAGGAAGAGAGUUCUGUACAGGCUCUAAUAGAUGCCUGUAUUGAGGAGGAUGGAAAGCUCUACCUUUGUGUUUCCAGCCCCACCAUCAAAGAUAAACCAGUGCAAAUCCGGCCUUGGAACCUGAGUGAUAGUGACUUUGUGAUGGAUGGCUCCCAGCCCCUCGACCCCCGGAAGACCAUCUUUGUGGGAGGAGUUCCACGGCCCCUUAGAGCAGUUGAACUCGCCAUGAUUAUGGACCGGCUGUACGGUGGCGUCUGCUACGCUGGCAUCGACACUGACCCCGAGCUCAAGUACCCCAAAGGGGCAGGGAGGGUGGCUUUCUCCAAUCAGCAGAGCUACAUUGCUGCUAUCAGCGCCCGCUUCGUCCAGCUGCAGCACAAUGACAUCGACAAGCGGGUUGAAGUCAAGCCAUACGUCCUGGAUGACCAGAUGUGCGACGAGUGCCAGGGGACUCGCUGCGGCGGCAAAUUUGCCCCUUUCUUCUGUGCCAACGUGACCUGUCUGCAGUAUUACUGCGAGUACUGCUGGGCCAGUAUCCACUCGCGGGCCGGCAGGGAGUUCCACAAGCCCCUGGUGAAGGAGGGGGGCGACCGGCCGCGCCACGUCUCCUUCCGCUGGAGCUGAAGGCCGGCCCGCACAGCCCUGCCUGGCCCGUCGACAGCAACCGCAGCAGACUGAAGCGCCGCAGAGCACCGCCGGUCCGCACACCCUGCUGACGCCGGGCUGGGAGCUUUCCGGAACCCGGCGCGUUCUUCCUCCCAUUCAGAGAGAGAGAGAGAGAAAAAAAAAGGGGUCUUUUUUUUAAUUUACUGUUCUGAACUCAUCGUCCAGUAUAUUCUAUAAAAAGACACACAAAAAAAGUUUAACUGUAAAGAAUUUGCACUUUGGCACAAAAACUCACAACACACAUGAAAUAUCUUGCUUGGUACCUGAAGUUUCUUUUUCUAAGUCACUUGUUCCAUAGGUUUGGUAUUCUGCUAUUCCUGGUCAGCCAAUGUACUGGCUGAUGCUGAAGUGAUAACCAUAUAUAUAUAAAUCUAUAUAUUUUUGUUUUUUUUAUCUAUCAAUAUAUAGAUAAUUUUAUUUUGUGUGACUGGAGCAUGCACUUAUUUUCACAAAUGGUAGGACAUUGCCCCUAGUACAAAUUACCAAAGGUGACAAAAGCCUAAAGUGGAAACAACCGAAGUAGGUGACCUACAAUGUAGCAAAAUAUAACAAAUUGUAAUCAGUAGUCUGGGUCAUUAACAAAUACCCUAAUUAGAAUAACAAGCCUAUAUUUGCUCUCCAUUUUGACUUGGAAAAAAUAAUACCUCAUAAGCUCAAUCUGAUAAUUUUCUUUAAAUUAUUUUUUAAUUUGCUUUUUUUGUUUGGUUAGAUCUCUUUUUUUUUUAGUGUUAUGUAAACGUAUGCUGCAAUAGCUUUUGCUGCUAAAUACAUGGUAUUCACUAAUAAUACCAUAGGACUUUGUUCAGGCUAGGGUGAAACUUAAAAAGUAAAAAAAUAAUGAAGCGAAGCGCAGUUGCUGCUGGAGAGAGUAGAAUAGCAGGGAGGUAAGCUCCCGUGAAGUUGGUAGAUCUCUGACUGCAUGUUUAUUUAAAUCAGGUUGCUGCAUGCAAUAGAAUUUCUAUACCAUGUCUAUUAUACAAUUUUGCCCACAUUGCACAAAGUGAUUAUGAAUAUACAUAGACUACGAUAUAAACCAAUUACAAUGAAAGAUCAAAUGUAUGAAGAAUUGGCUGAUUACCGUAAGAUAGGCAUGCCUCAGUUAAAUGCUUCUGCAAAUAGAAAACAGUGUCCAUUAAAGCAUUAACAAGUAACACAAGAGUUUAUCAUAAAUAAAUUAGAUGUAGGAUAUCCUUAAAACAAUUAUGUCUAUGGUAGGUGAAGUACUUUUGCAGUGAUCUUUAAUAUAUAAUUGUGCAAUUUUUUAUAUAGUAGGGUGAUAAUGCCUAGUACUGUGAUUCGCUUUAACUGUCGUUGAUGUCUGACAUAGAAGUUAUGUGAAGCUUCAUAACCAGUGUAUUCACACACAGAAAAGUGAGCUCAAGUUUUGAAAAAACUUUCUGCUGCCUGCACCAUUUACAUAGCUUAAGAUCUUGUCCUGAAAACCAAAGAGCUCAUGUGAUUAUCUAUAUAAUGCAUAUAUAUACACACAGACCAACAACACACUACCGUUACAACGAUUAAUGUAUUUGUCAGGCUCUCAAUGGAUGAGAAAGGGCUGAUUUAAGAGGCACAUUGUAGGGGGUAUAUCAACAGAGGGAAAUGAGUGCUAAAGAAUUGUCUGCACAGUUGUCAAAAUGGAGAUGUCUGGUUAGAAAACUAAGAUCCCUAAAUCCUGGAUGUAUCCUGCAAAGCUUGAAGUAUAAUUGUGACCUGCUAAAGGGUUUUUUUUAGCAUGAAGACUGGGAGUUAAGGGGUGCUGCUUGCAACAUGACUAAAUAAAGCAUAGGCUGCUGAACCCGGGAUAGCUGGUUCUGGGGAGGACAGGGGUCUGCCUGUUUUGGGGGUGGGAUUGGGUACACUGGUUUUUAGCAGUUUUUGGGACAAUCUGACAGGAUACAACACCGCAUAAGUAGAUGUAGAUGUCAUGUCUUUUUGUGUAUUGUGAUGUCCUGUUUUUGUCCACUUACGUCUUUCUUUCUUUGUUUAGUUGCAAGUAUUGGCUUAGGAUGGACUUUUUUUUUUGUUUGUUUGUUCUUGGAAAAAAGGAAAAAAAUACUUUUUUACUGAUAAAAAAUGAAACAAAAAAUGGCUUAUUAUGAUGAUUAGUAUCCCUAUCGAGGUUAAUUCUGGGCUUUUUUGUGAUAUUGCUUUCCCUGCCCAGAUGGAUUUUCUAUGUUUUUUCAUUAUCUGUAAAAGACAUUUGUUAUGCACUACUUUUUGUAUCUGGACAGUUUUCAACAGUCAGCUAUUUUUUUUUAAGAAAAAGAUGAAGCGUGCUUUCUGACUGACAUGAUCUUUUGCAAUACCUCAAUUUUGAAAUAUAGGAGAGAAAUCGAUAUUUUCUAAGUAAGUUUAUUCAGAAAAAAGAUAUAUAUUAAUUUAAUUCUGCAAGAAAAUGAUUUAACAGAUGGUUAAUUUUAUUUUUUUCAUGCUUAUUUGCUUUUUUUUUGAAAAACUGAAGGAGCUAGAGCUUUAUAACUUUAAUAUAAUGAUGUAGUUAGCUAAAGUACAGAGUCUACCUUAUUACAGAGGAAAAGGGAUGUGUAAAGAAUUUCCCCACAUCUAACUUCCAUGGAAUUGUGAAACGUUAAAUAAUUAUAAUUAAAGGUAGAAUUCCAAGGAUGAUUAUUCUUUUGAAUUAAGAAAGAUGUAGUUGUAAAAAAUCUCCAUUUGGUGCUGAGAGAAAGUUAAUUGAAGUUGUUUCCCUUAUUUUUGUAUAUUUAUAAUUAAUCAUUUAUUACGCUGACCAGAAUUGUGAAAGAAAUCUUCUGUUCAUGUUAUUUUUUUAAAAAAAGAACUUUUUAUGUUUCCUAAAAGUAUGUGCUCCCUUUUGUUUUUGUAAAACAACAUACCCUGAUUUGUUUACUUGACGUUAUUAAAGACUUUGGAGAGUCCUUAAGAAGAAGAAAAAGAAUGUUAUUUUAUAAAAUUCAAAGUGUUUAAACUGUAACUUGAUUGAGAGCCCCUUGGUGCAUCAGGUCAUUGGUGGCCUUCUUUUCAUGUAAGACUUGAAUUAGUCCGAUUUUUUUGAAGGCUAACAACCUCGAUUCUUUGUUGUAAUGUGCAAUACUGUUUGUACUGUUUGUAAAAAAAAAAAAUGAAAAAAGAAAAAAAGGCAUAAAUCUUUAUUGCAGAUUUAUUUUCAUUGCAAACAUUGUGAUUCACUAAGAUCAUUUUCUACUGUGUAUUUACCUACUCUUCAUGCUAGUAUUUUUCAAUAGUAAUGUAGCCUUUGUACUGAGAAAUUUUUCAUUGUUAUUUUUAGAGAGAUUUUUUGCUAAAAAAGGAUUUAAACAUAUUUACAUAUUUUUCAUUUUUAUUUCGUAUUUUCUUUACAGACUUUUUUUUCUCAACCAUUAAUAUAGUUGUUUCUGGGAGAGACUUUCAUAUCUGGUCAAUGUCAUUAAUAUUAUUUUGUAUUUUUACUUGGAAUAAAUUAAUUUUAUGAUGCUAAUUCUUUAAAAGUUUAUUUUUUCGUCUUGUUCAUUUAUUUUUUGAAGCUGAAAACCUUUGUAAUAUUGUUACUAAAGUUGUCUAGUUUUUUGAAAUGCAAAGCUUUAUGUAUUAACUUGCUGAUGUGGUUUACGUUAGUGUGGCAAUGAUAAAAUCCAUCAAUGGCUGGUAAUGUAAAGUGAUUGAAAAUGUAAUGAAUGAAUGGGCAAUAAAAACAGAAUGGAGCAGACAAAAGUAUGUUCUUAUAUUGUGGGAAAAACAGACCCUGUUUAUUUUAGUCACCUGAUUGUUUCAGGCAGUUAUGGGAUGUCACAAUAUAUACUGAGUGGUUUGGGUGAUUGAAAAUGAAAGGAUUUCUUUACAUUUCUACCCUUCCUAUGGCCCCCCGAAAUUUCUUACUUGUGACCAAAAUGUUCGUCUGAUUGGUUUAUUUCUAGUUAUUUUCCGUUGCAGCUUUUCUGCACCUGGAGUAAAAUGGAUUUGGUUUUAGUUUGCGGUAGGUCCCUGAUCUGUACGUUUCAUGGGUGUAAUUGUGACUCUUGUUGUUUUCAAGAUUUUUAAGCAGGUCAGUGCUACAGACAUUCCUUUCCAUAAUUCAGAAAGCUCCCACCAACCUCAAAUGCCUUUGCAUGUUGUUAGUGAACAUUAUUUACCAGCUACAGGAGGGAACAGACACUGAUGUGAGUCUUUAGUUUUCAUCAUUGUUCUGCUUUUGAUUCCCAGCUUAGCAUCUUCUCCCUGAAUGGGCCCUGACAGGUAUGACACAUUAUCAUAAAGGAAGGCUUUUAAGUGUUUGCCAUACGGUUUUUAUUUACAUAUUGUGACAUCCCUAACUUGUACGUCAAAACAAGAUCAUGGGUUUGGCAACACGGUUUUGUGUUUUUAUGUUACAUCUGGCUAGCCUUUCGUACUAAUUUGUAUGGUGGUCUUAUACUAAUAUUUGUUUCUUAAUACUAACCAAACUGAUACUCUUCAGAUACGCUUAGCUGCACCAGUGUUAGCUUAAUACCACAGAGUAUUUUAAGUCCUUUGGCAAAGUGAUUGCUUUAUACCCUAACUUCAACUAUCCUGGAAACCUCUGAAGUAAAUGCGUUCUGCUGGGGAUGUAACCAAAUAUUUGGUUACAGAGACCAUUUCAUGUAACUAUCAGAUGUAUAUUUCAUAUAGUACUAGACUUGGAUAGUACCUUUUCAUUCACUUUUCACACAUGUUGGGGUAUACAGUAUAAUGUUGUGAUCUGUCAUACAUUAUUGAAAACUGCUGUUCAUGGGUUGUUUCUUAAACUAACCACUACUUUUAAAUGUACCUUUUUAACGUUUUUUUUUUAUUUUUGGUUGAUUGCUGGUUAUCCUGAUGAGGCUUUGAAAUUCUUGACUUGGACCUGUGCUUGUUUGGAACUGCAGUACUGUGACUAAACAUGGAGCUCAAUGCUGCUAUUGCUUACAACUGCUUCAAGUUUGUAGUUUGAACUUUAUUUUUUUCUGUACUAAUAAGCAACUCUUAUUAAACGUAGUUGUAUGAUGCUG